AUGGGGAAUUCUUCUUCACGUGUUUUUGGGUUCAAUAUUUUGAAUGAUUUAGGUUGGUUGAAUAAAUGCUAUCUGUUGUUGAUUCAGCAAUGCAAUUUUAUUAAUACGGCGUUUGGUGUAAGAGUGACAUUACAAUGUAUUUCGAGGGUAUUGAUCAGUGCAGUAAUGUUGUAUAGUUUAGUGCAUCGCUGUGAAAAAACUUACGAGCAAAAAGAACAGAUAAUUCGCAUUUUAGACCACAUAUUAGUCAGUAAAGAUAUCAAUACAUCAACGAGAAAAACCUUGACUGAUUUUCGCAGACUGGUCUGUUUAAAGCCCGUCGAGUUCACAUCGGCUCGCAUACAAAGGUUGGACUACGGGAUACUCAUCACAUAUACUUCUGUUGUGAUGACCUUCACUGUACUUUUACUGCAAAAUGUUUGA